GCUGAUAUUACCAGGGUGCACGAUUAACCUGUCUGUGUCUCUUUCUCAAAGGUUUAUUGAAAUCAUCACCAACAUGAAGAUGCUGACUGUGGCUGCCCUUCUUUGUGCCAUGAUGGCUCUGACCAGAGCUGCUGCUUUUAAAGAAGCCGAGGCCACAAAGGAUCUAAUAGUAAAGAGUCACCUGGUCAAGAGGGCGACAUCUUGUCCCAGCGGUUGGUCUGAGGUCAACGGUCGCUGUUUCCAGUAUUUUCCAACAGCUAUGACUUGGGCUAAAGCUGAGAAAAACUGUCAGUCCCUGGGUGGGAACCUUGCAUCAGUGCAUAACAUAUUCGAGUACCGUGAGAUUCAGAGGAUAAUGGCCACCACUUUAAGUAUAAAGUCUAAAGAAGCAUGGAUCGGAGGCACUGAUGCCCAAGAGGAGGGUGUUUGGCUGUGGAGUGAUAGUUCACUCUUCUCCUACCAGAACUGGUGUCCUGGAGAGCCCAGCAACUGGCGUGGCAGUCAGCACUGUCUGCAAAUGAACUUUGGAGAAGGAAAAUGCUGGGAUGAUGUUGGGUGUUCUGCCCUUCUCCCAUUUGUCUGCAGCAAGAAAAUCUGAUGAUUCCUGGGCUGACACAGAGGCAUCAAGUACCUGUCGACAGCACAAAUAAUGUUUUUUCAGUCUCAUCUAUAUAAUCUAUAUCUCAUUUUCUAUUGCUGUAACGCUACCAAAGGAUUGAAGAGACAAGUGACAUACAGGAGCUGGAUUGUCUCUUAGGCCUAAGAGCAGACUGAACGAGUUAUGAAAAUAAUGCUUUUAGCACAACUUUAUUCUGUCUGGAGAGUGAACUGGUCU